AUGUCUUACAAUGCUUCGUGGAUGAAUCCACCCGCUACGAUCGCCACAGUUUCUAGGUCAAGUAAACAUGUGAAAUUGGAGAGAGAAACCGAACUCAGGAUCGAAGUCUCUGACACGCCUCUCAAACUCCGUGUCCUAAACGGCACCGCCGAGAUUUUCGGCUUCGAACUCCCUCCCGGAACCUGGCUUACCUUCCCUUCCUGCCUCAAACUCGCCGUCUUCACCCGGUACGGAGCAACAAUCGAGAUGGACGGUGCCACGGAAACAGACUACACAGCAGACGAGACACAAAUGGUCAGCUACCUUAACGUGCACGCAAUCCUAAACGCAAGAAGACGUGUCGCCCAAGCUUCAGAAUCUACUCAAGGACCUAGGGUUAUUGUAGUAGGGCCCGAGGAUUCUGGGAAGAGAACGUUGACAAAGACGCUUAUCAACUGGGCGGCUAAAGAGGCAUGGAAGCCUACGUUUGUUGACCUUGAUGUUAUCCAAGGCUCGGUUUCAAUGCCUGGCUCUGUCACUACUACACCUAUAGAGACGCCUCUUGAUCUAGCAGAAGGGUUUCCUUUGGAUAUGCCCUUCGUGUACUACUACGGUCAUACUAAACCAGGUACAAACGUUGAACUCUACAAAGCUACGGUGAAGGAGCUUGCGGGAGUGUUGGAGAGACAGUUUUCUUGGGAACAAUGCGUCUCGAGCUGCUGGUAUGCAAGGAGUUGUCGGAUUCAGGAGUAUUUCUAUGGUCUGUCGAAAGAACUAUCUCCGUAUGCUAAUACGUGUAGCUUUAGUGAUGUGAAAGUGUUUCGUGUUGGUGGUGGACCACAAGCUCCAAGAUCAGCUCUUCCAAUCGGGUCUGAACCGGUUUCUGAUCCGUUGAAGGUAACCCCUGUAGGUAUCGAUGACCGGGAUGUGCUACACUCUAUUCUGGCUGUCUCGUAUGCACAAGAACCAGAGCAGAUCGUGUCAAGUAAUGUUUCCGGGUUUGUGUAUGUGACGGAUGUUAAUGUGCAGAGGAAGACGAUCACGUAUUUAGCACCGUCGCAAGGGACAUUGCCCAAGAAGUUCUUGGUUGCUGGAUCUUUAUCAUGGCUUGAGAUUCAUUACAAGGAAAGAUAA